AUGGCUCCUGGGACAACUUCAUCCAUGUUCCCAUCACUGCUGCUGCUGCUCUGUCUGAUGGCUAUAGUGAGGACAGGAAUAGCAUUCCCACAAAAUCCAGGAUGCCCAACUACCGAGGACAAGAAUUUUCCUCAGCAUGUGAAGGUCAACGUGAAUAUUCUUAACGGGAAUAAAAGUUCCAGAAGGCCCUUGGAUUACUACCGCCGAUCCACUUCACCAUGGAGCCUGCACCGGAAUGAGGACCCUGAGAGAUACCCUUCUGUGAUCUGGGAGGCCAAGUGCCUCCACUGGGGCUGUGUCAAUACUGAAGGGAAGGAAGACCACCACAUGAACUCCGUCCCCAUCCAGCAGGAGAUCUUGGUUCUGCGAAGGGAGUCUCGGCACUGUCCCCACUCCUUCCAGCUGGAGAAGAUGCUGGUGACUGUGGGCUGCACCUGUGUCACCCCCAUUGUUCGCCACGUGGUAUAA